AUGCUGGCUCAUGACGCGAUCGAGCAGUUGGCCAACAGGGAGAGAGAGGCAUGGGCAGUUGACGGGCCAGUCGAGGAACUGCCGGCCGUGAUGGUACCAGUCAUUGAGACUAGGCUACAGGGGACAGCGGCAGGUGAACGACGCGGUCUGCGUCGACACCAUCGAUACCACCCGCAUAUUAAUAUCAACACCCCGAGCGAAAUCCCAGAGCAGCAGAGGGCCGGCGACGGCCUUCCUGCGUAUACACGAUACACCGAGAAUACCCUCAAUGAUGCUUCGGAAGACUACAUGGACGAGGAUAGCGAGGAUGACAGUUCAGAGCCCGAAUAUCCCACCGUCCUAUCCCCCCCUCCGUCAUAUCACGCCGAAGCGCAGCGAGAUCCACCGAUCUACAGUGUAGCCAUCCCAGGCAUCCAAUCAGAGCGCCGCUCUGAAUUACAGCGGCAAUGGGUGUCAUAUGCAGAAGGAAAGCGGUUCGAGCACCGACAAAAUUAUGUAUCAUGGAGGACAGCACGGAGUAGCAACAGCGCGUCUGAUACCUCAUCCGUGACCCUCGCCGGUAGCCCGAGUAGUUCGCCUUCGAGCUUUGAUCCCUUGCCGGCCGUGGAACCACCACCACCACCUCCUUCUCCUCCACCGCCUCCUCGAUCACCACCAGCAGUGACCCCGCUGACGACACGUCAACGAGCCAGGCGAGCUCUUGCGCAAUUCCCCGCGAAAUUGGGUGGCUCCCUCGCCAAAGCCAUCAUGCUCGAUAAGAUGGCUUCCUGGGCGGCCAAGACGAAACAUUGGAAGAAGACAAAGCGGGAUUAUGUCAAGGAGGUGUCUGGGGAGAGGUGCUUUUUUGUUGGUGCUGUGGAUAGGAUGCCUGAUGGACAGGCUGCCUCGGAUUCAGGCUCAACUGGGCCAGCUAUGCCGGCUGUUCAAGUAGUGCCGCCACGUGCUGAUCCGGUGAUGAGUGUUUUUGUUCCGAAUGAGGGCACUGGGUUUGAGAGGGGCAGGAGACAUGAGCCUGGGAGUGAUUCAGCUGGGUCCUCCCGACCGGGGACGGCAACGGGCCUUGUGCGGUCAAGCUCGCUACUCAAGAGGGUGGCAAGUUUGACGAAGAGGAAGAAAGGUGUUGAUGGGGAGGCGGGUUUUCCUAUACCGGAACUAGGGAGGAGGCCGAGCAGGAGGAGACCGGGGGAUGACCUGGAGAUGGUGGGGGGUUAG